AUGCUCGACUCAACCGGGAAAUCUUCAGGAGAGCUUGAAUUAGCGAAAGAAUAUCGCAUUGCUGAAGAGUUUGGCCGUUUGAUCCAAAAAUACACCGACCGAAGGAAUCGUCCCGAAGCUCUUUCGCUCGACUCUAUUGACCACGUCAAUAAGAAGAAAGAUCUCUUGAACGGCUUGCAUUCGGAACUUCUACCACUCCUAAUCAACCAACUCAAUACACUCGCUCAGUCACUAAUUCCAUCGGGCUUACGGAGAGAAACAGAGAGAAACAUCAGGCUCGUCCUCAAAACCCAAUCUGAGCUCGAAGGUACCAUAGACCAAAUCAGAUCAAACAUCGCUACCUUGUGUUCAGAAGUAACAUACCUAGGAGAGCGGAGGCCGAUCAGCUCUUCCAACAAAUACAGAUGGCACCAGACGAACUGA